CCCUGGAGUCAGACAUGACCGAGUGUGCACACACGCGCUGCUUGGGCGCCCCCCGCAGGAAGAAAGCUUUCACCAGACACCAUCAUUGUCCAAAAUGUCCGUAGUUCAUCUUCUCCUAGCACCCUGUGAGUUUCCCAAUUUUUUAAUCACUUUCCAUUUUACAUUUAAACGAUCUAUUUAACUGCCCAUCUUUCAUAUUAACAAUCUAAGCUGGGAGAGGUGAUCAGAUCACCAUGAUUGCUACGUCCAUAGUGUCUAAGUCAACCACCUGGCAUAGAAUGUUUUGUUUUAUUUAAAGGAAAUAGCCUGACUUUCUUCUGAUUGGUUUUGUUCCGAGGCCCUGUUACUGAAUCCUGUCUCUUAUCUCAAAAGUUGAAGGUCCCCCUGCCCCAGAGUCAGCUGCAGUGUUCCCAGAGCACAAAUUACGCCACAAUCCAUUAACUGCAGAGUGGGCUGCCCUGAGUCAGCGGCUCCAAACACCAAGACCAGGGCGUGGAACAGGAGCAAGAAAGUGGAAGCCAUGCCGUCCAGAUGCCUGUUUCUGUUAUUUCUCUUCACAUACAAACCGUCCCCGGAAGUUGCCGCAGAAGUUCAGGAAUCAUCAGAUGGUCCCAGUGCCCAGGAACCUGUGCGACUCACAGAUGUCCAAGCUGCCAUGGAAUUCAUCGCUGCUGCUGAGGUGGCUGUCAUAGGCUUCUUCCAGGAUUUAGAAGUACCGGCAGCGUCCCUAAUCCAUGGUGUGGUGCAAAAUUUCCAAGACGUGUCUUUUGGGAUCAGCACUGCCUCCGAGGUUCUGACUCACUACAACAUCACUGGGAACACUAUUUCCCUCUUCCGUCUGGUGGAUAACAAACAACUGGAUUUAAAGGGUGAAGACAUGGAAAGCAUGGAUGCCACCAAGUUAAGCCGUUUCAUUGAGAGCAACAACCUCCACUUGGUGACGGAGUACAAUGCUAUAACUGCAAUUGGCCUAUUCAAUAGUGUGAUUCCGAUUCAUCUUCUACUGAUUAUGAACAAGGCCUCCUCAGAGUUUGAAGAAAACUUGCACAGAUUUCAGGAGGCAGCUAAGCUCUUCCAGGGGAGGAUUCUUUUUAUUCUGGUGGACAGUGGAGUGAAGCAAAAUGAAAAGGCGAUAUCAUUUUUCAAACUAAAGAUGUCUGAACUGCCUGCUUUAGCAAUUUACCAGACUCUAGAUGAUAAGUGGGAUACACUGCCUAUAACAGAGGUCUUACUAGAGCAAGUGCAAAAUUUUUGUGAUGGAUUCCUGAAAGGGAAAGGACAGAGAGAAAAUCAUGAAUCAGAAGAGAAGACGUCAAAGGUGGAACUCUGAUUUCUUCCCUGUUUCUUCUGCGUACAAUCAAGUAACUACUUUAUGCUGAAUGAAAAGGGGUCAGUAAAAAGACUCAAAUCUCAGAGACACUAAAUAACAGACUCGCCAAGCUUCUCACACACACACACACACACACACACACACACAACUCCAGUUUGUUCCUUAAAAUCUCAAUUACUCUACUUGCCCUUUCUUUUAAAUUUUCUAUACUCUCUACUACCCAUCUGAUUUUUCUCUUCUGCAUUCACACUGAGUGGACCCAUACACUGGAUGGAGGUUUUAAGAGAAACACUGCACUCUUGCUGUGAAGUGGGGGGUAGGGGGAGAUGAGGGGACAGGGAGCAUUCCUAGAGGGAAAUUGUUCUGAGGGUCAUUUAAUAUUGAAACAUCCAACAUCUUGUAGGGUUGCCUAAGAGUUGAAACCCUACUCUUCAUAACCCUUGUCCCUCUCUGACUCAGAGCCAAGGACACAAACAUGGUUUUAAACACCUUUCUGGAAUUGUCUUCAUGCUAGAAGUCAAACAAUAUUUCCGAGUCUCUGAACUCAGCAGAAACAGACCGUGUACAACUCUAUGCUUGUUUUGCAUUCCUAACUCCCCAUAUGAAUCAACAACUGCAUGAUAAAUAAAAAGCCCUAUCUUAUAGGAAAAGACUG